AUAAAGUUGAUGUAUCAUUCUAUGUUGAAUUUUUUUCAUGACAAAAGAUUACUAUUAUUGUUAUCAUCACUAUUAUUAUUAAAUGUUCAUUGACAGUCAUUGACUGCACUCACAUAUUCGCGGAUUAUUAUUAAAUAAUAAUUUAUUGAUAAAUUUAAAAACUUGGUACAGUUGUUGAUUGAUUUGUUUUUUUGUCGAUAUCGAAAUUUUUUCGAGUAGAAAACAUGUCUGACUCUGCUGGAAAUUGGUGUCUCAUUGAAAGUGAUCCAGGUGUUUUUACCGAAUUAAUUCGUGAAUUUGGCUCAAAAGGUGUUCAAGUUGAAGAAUUAUGGAGUUUAGAAGAUGAACAUUUUGAAGAACUCAAACCGGUUCAUGGUUUGAUAUUUCUUUUUAAAUGGGUUCAAGAUGAUGAACCAGCUGGUACCCUUGUUCGUGACAAUAGAUUGGAUAAAAUUUUUUUUGCCAAGCAGGUAAUAAAUAAUGCAUGUGCAACUCAAGCAAUAAUAAGUGUAUUAUUAAAUUGCAAACAUCCAGAUGUAUCAAUUGGUACAAAUCUUGAAGAACUUAAAAGUUUUUGUCAAAGUUUUGAUGCAACAAUGAGAGGACUUGCAUUAAGUAAUUCUGAAGUUAUACGAAGUGUUCAUAAUUCAUUUUCAAGACAAACAUUGUUUGAAAUUGAUACAAAACAAGCAACAAAAGAUGAUGAUGUUUUUCAUUUUGUCAGUUAUAUACCAAUUGAUGGUCGUCUUUAUGAAUUGGAUGGUUUAAAAGAUGGUCCAAUGGAUUUAGGACCAUGUCCAGCUGGUGAUGAAUGGAUUCGUGCAGCUAGACCAAUUAUUCAAAAAAGAAUAAACAAGUACAAUGAAGGUGAAAUACAUUUCAACUUGAUGGCAAUUGUAUCAGAUAGAAAAAUGCUAUAUGAAAAACAAAAAGAAACUACAACUGAUCCAGGUCAAUUAGCACGUUUAGAUAUGUUAAUACAAGAUGAAUUGAAUAAAACAAAAAGAUAUAAGGUAGAAAAUAUUCGUCGUAAACAUAAUUAUCUACCUCUUAUUAUGGAACUAUUAAAGGUAUUGGCUAAAGAAGGAAAACUUAUUCCACUUUAUCAAAAAGCUAAAGAAAAAACAUUGGAAAAAGAAAAAAUGAUGGUGGAUAAUUAAAUACUUGAAUUUAUUAAUAAUUAAUGUCAACAUUUAUCAUUUGUAAAACAUUUUUUAUUAAAGUAUCAAAAAUGAUUGAAUUUUUCUUUCUAUUUAAAAAUAUUUAAUGUAACUUUUUAUAAUAAUAAUAUUAAUAAUAAUAAAGAUGCAUCAAUUAGAAAAUAUAAAAA